UUGUUCUUGCUCUCCAGCGGAUUAGGGUUCGAAUUGGGGCUCGCUCUUCACUUAUCCAAACCCACCUCCAAUUCAAGGCUUCUCGACCUGGUGAUAUUGAUGAGCGCGAGGUUGUUACUCCUGAUGUCAUGACCAAGUAUUUCAUAGGUGUCACACUAAAGGAAAGAUCUCCAGACGGUGUUGGGAAGUUAGUUGAUGUGGGCUUGAGUAAGAAUGUCGUCGUUGAUCAAGUACUUGAUCCUGGAGCAAGAGUUACAGUGGCUAUGGGAGACAGUUGGAAUUUGGAUGCUGAUAUAUCACGGCAGGUUGUAUCAUCAUCCAAGCCAAGGGAAGAAGCAGGGAUGUAUUGGGGGUACAAAGUGCACUAUGCUUCCAAUAUCACUUCGGUAAUGAUUGAAUGUCCAUACGAGGGUGGCUAUGAUCAUUUGAAUGGGACCUCAGAGCAUGGUCAGAUUAUCAAUUCCUCCGAUCUCACUAUACCCACUUUCAGGUAUCUAUUGAUUGCGUUUGGUGGACUUGCUGGGUUGGAAGAGAGCAUUGAAGAGGAUCAUAACUUAAAGGCAAAGAAUGUGCGGGAGGUGUUUGACAUAUAGCAUGAGAGCUUGAAGGAACAGCAUGAGCUUCUCCAGAAAGUAGUGAAGCCUUUGACGGGUCGUUUAGAGAUCUUAGCACCCAAUGGUGGCCUUAACACUCACCGUUCUUCAGCAAACUCGUCAAUCUACUCAGAAUGUGUGUUUGUGUAUUAUCAGGUGCAGCAAACACUAGUGAAACUUGCAGAUAUAUGGGUACAGAAUGGCAUUGUGGGCAGAGCAUUUAGGACUUGUUGAAGAAUGUUUCAAUCAGCCAGAGUUUUGAAUGUGUUCAAAGGGUAAGGUCAUUGGGUGAGCAUAACUGGAGUCAAUACUAGAGCUUCUGCAGGGUCCUUGUCCAUCAUGUGUAGGAUCGAUGGCUUAAGAGAUCGAAAGACUGCUUAUCAUCUUUGCCUACAAGAGAGCUUCUGCAAGAACAAAUGAAGGUGCAUUAAAGGAAAGCAGCAGUAAUCUAUGUAGUUUAGGUCUUCCUAGCUAGAACAUUUUACAAGUACAGACAAUUCUCUAUGUUGUCCUAGCUUGAAUUAUAUGGAUUAUAGUACUGUUUCUAUGGUCA